UCCUUUCAGUUUCAAACUCAGCGCUUUACGUACAUCAGAAUUCCACUAUCUUAAUUACCUCUCAUUCACGCCUUCCCCCGGCUGUGCGAAAGCAGGCUUCGGGAAAAAUGGCGGCUCAAGCUGCUUCCGACUCGAACAAUGGUGCCGAUAACACAAAUGCGCCCGCGAUAAAUACCGGAGACAACGCGUCGGGGCUUUUUCAAACCUUGCAAGGUCAUGUCGACCAGAUCCGAUCCCUCAUACAAUGCGGCGUUUGCAUUCGGCCGCUCUACGAACCCUAUACCUUGGCCUGCGGACACACAUUCUGUUACAGUUGCCUAACGUCAUGGUUUGUCGGUGGACGACACAACAAAACAUGCCCCGACUGUCGAGCCCCGGUGAAGGCGCAGCCAGCCCCUGCUUACCUGGUUAGAGCGGUCGUUCAAAUGUUCACUAGCCAGCCCGAGCUACUCGACAAGGGUGAGACCACGGACGAGCACCAGCGCCAUCACAACGAGGAAUCAGAGCGGUUAGAAAGGGACAGACAGAAUACAGACCCCAAAGCGGGGGGUCUGUUUCGUGGAACAUUUAACAAACCAAGGAUUAGCCAACCUAUUAUGGAUGACGAUGAUAACAUAAUGCGUUGUCCGCACUGUGCAUGGGAACUGGAAGAUGAUGAAUGCAUACACUGUGGCUACCAACGAGAUGGGUCCUCCGUAACGAGCACAUAUUACAGUGAUAUGGAGACUGAUGACAUGACGGACUACAUGGAUGAUGAAAUUGAGGAUGGUUUCAGAGAUUAUGAUGAAGACUAUGAUUUCGAUGAAAUGUACCUUCAUGCUUUGCCGCCAGAGAUGCAGAACGCCAUCUUUGGUCGAAAUCCCGGAUACUUCACCCGUGGUUGGCAUUCAGGUCCUUCCUCGGGGAUUGAGGACAGUGAAAUGGAUGAAGAAGACGAUGCGGAUAUGGAUUCAUUCAUUGACGACGACAUAGAACAUGAGCAUGGGGAUUACUCCGAUUCUGACCGGUCUACUGUUGUCGGACAGCAAGAACACUUUACUUCACGAUCAGAGGUUCUUGAUAGCGGUACGCUCGACGAGAUGCUAGAUGGCAGCGAAGACGGUAGUAGUGAGGAAGAUCAGGAUUCGGAAGAUUCGGAAGACUCUGAUGACGAUGAUGAUGAGCCCAUCAGACCUGCAGUCAACGCUAGCCGGCGAAACCGGCCGCCAAUAUAUCGCGUGCCCUCAAGCUCCCCUAUCCCAGAGAUUGAGCAGUCAACCAGGGCGGCCCGAUCGGCGAACGCGGCUCCUAGCACAACAUCUGGAGGCUCUCGCCGUACUCAACAUUCACCCACCAAUACCGACGCGAAUCCGAUAUAUAUAGCCUCUUCUUCCGAAGAUGAAGGUCCUGUGAGACCUACGAGAAGGAAUAGAAGGGUGCGAGAAAACUGCUAGUCCACCCUCUAAGCACCAAUUAUCCAGCCAUAUGUGCCUUUCAUCCUAGGUGCUGAAGGCCAACGA